AUGUCUUCGAUUAACGGAAGUUCGUAUUAUGACAACUAUGACAAAGAUCCAAUCCAUGUUUCAAUUUCAAAAAAAUGUGCAAAAGCCGUAUUGAACGAAGCUGACCCUGAAUUUGACCCCGAUAAAAGUGAAGUUUUGGAUUUUGCUUGCGGGACUGGAUUAAUAUCUCAAGAGUUAUGUGCUCAUGUGAAAUCAAUCCUAGGGGUGGAUAUUUCACAAAAUGCAGUUGAUAUAUAUAAUAAGAAGGUGUGGCAACAAGGAAUAGAUAAGGAAGAAAUGCAAGCUUUAUGUCUGGAGUUAAAAGAAUCUGAAGAUGAUCAAUUAAAUGGAAGAAAGUUUGAUGCUAUUGUGUGUGCAUCGUCUUAUCAUCAUUUAGAUAACAUUGACUCCAUGACCAAAAUGUUAUCCAACUACCUUAAACCUGGCGGCGAAUUAUUUGUAUUAGAUCUAAAGAAAGACCCGGAGAUAUCUCAUAAAUUCCACAGAACAUUUAAUAGUGGGCACGAACCCCAUGGAGAGUGCGGAUCCCAUGUUAGUCACGUGCAUCACAAAGGCGGCUUUGAUCCUAUAGAAUUAGAAAGAGCCUUCAGGAACACUGGAAUGAUUGAAGACGUGAGAGUUAAU